AUGGCUGGAGCUUCGGAAGGUGUGCAGCAUACGAAUAAGUUUUUCUGGCUUCAACGUAGCAUCGAUUUGAUUGGAAAUGGAGCCUUUGGACGAGUUCACAAAGGUCGAAAUCAAGAAACAGGCGAAUUUGUGGCGAUCAAAACCUGCGAUAAAUUCAACACUCAGCAACAUAUCCGUGAAAUUGAAAUUUUGCAACAAAUAAAUUCUCCAUACAUCGUCAAAUUUAUUGCCUCCGAUAAAAUUGAUACAGAAAAUGUAAAUGAAGCUCAACAAAUGGUACUAAUUAUGGAAUUAGCGGACGGUAGUGUACGAGAUGAAUUAAAGAAAUUGGAAAAUAUGUUUGGCCUAUCGUAUCAAAUUCUUUUGCAAUUAAUUGACCAUCUUGAGAAAGGAUUGUCAUAUUUGAACUCUAGGAAGAUUGCACAUCGAGAUGUAAAACCGGAAAACUUAUUAAUUUUCAAUAAAUCUGGGAGGAUGAUUUUCAAAUUAUGUGAUUUUGGUGGUUCAAGAUUUCUUACUGAUAACUUUCAACCGUUGCAUUCCAUUUGUGGUACACCAGGAUAUCUUAAUGAAUAUUCAACGGCCAAUUUAGCCCGAAAAACGGCGGCUUUGUCAUAUACGAAAGAUGAAUGUGAUCUGUGGUCAGUAGGUUGUACGCUAUUCGAAUGUGCGACGGGUGUUUUACCUUUUGUACCAGCAAAAGGACCAGCAGACACGCUUGGAAUGUAUAAUAUGAUGAUUAGUCGGCCAUCGGAUGCUAUAUUUGGCCGGGCAAAUGAAAUGGGCGAAUUUUUGUGGCAGAAAGAUUUUCCAAAUGGACGUUGUUUAUACCCGAAGACUUUCCGUCGUAUUCUCGGUGAAUUCAUUCGGCAUCUGUUUGAUAGACGUGAAGCAACUCGUCUAACAUUUAACGAAUUUGAUGAAAUGUGCAGAGAGUUGUUAAAUUUGAAGCGAAUACGUGUUUUUAAAAUGAACAUCAUGUGCUUGGAGGAGUACUUUGAUACUUCAGCUGUUGAUCAUUUCGAGAAGUCCUACUUUGAUGUUUAUGUGAAAGAUGAUACGCCACCACAUGAUCUGAUUUGUCUCUUAACACUUCCAGCUGGUUCCGCUGUCGUGUACAAGGCACCUCCAUUUCCUGUGUGCUUGAUCGAUCGAUGCUCUGAUAUUAUUGUUAUGGGACUGCAGAAUAAUGAGAGUUAUACUAUGCCAAUCAGAUUACCAGAACCAGUCGUACAUUCACCGUUUCCGCAGUGUAAUCAUGAUCCAACUUUUCAUGAGAUGAAACUUGCGGCUGCGAGUACGUUGAGUGUGGAACGACAGACAUAUGAAUUACAAGACACAAUACCAGAUGUUACUCGAAUUUUGCGUUCAAUAUAUGCUAAAUUGUUGAAAGAAGCUGAAAUUCUAACGCACGAUUGCAAUUUUGCAAGCCGUUUAGCAAAACAACUACGCUUACUUUCGAAAGCAAUUGCAUUGAGUAAGGAAACAGCGGAGGAACGCAAAGCAGUUGAAAAUAAUGCACUUUCAGUUGUACGAGAACUGAAAUUUAUCAGAGAGGCAGUGAAAUGGAUUUGUAGCAUGUUGCAGCAAAUUGAUGUACGUAUCGCUGUUGUUGAAUCGAAACACAUCACGAAAGAGCCGUCCUUGAAGGUUGAACUGGAAGCAGUUGUGAAACUGCGAACUUUUUCACCAUGUAACCGCGUCUCGGAAAACGUUUUACAGAUGGAGACUGAUAGGAAAUAUUUAUUGAAUUCUUAUGAAAAAGCGGUGAGAAAUUAUGACGAAAAAUUGAAGCAACUCUGUGAUAUCUUCAUGGAACCAUUGCAGAUGAUAGCUAGGGAUAUGUUUGAUUUAUCGCACAAACUUUUUAAAACGAAAAAGCAACUGGAGGAAACUCUCCAGUUGAUUACUAUCACUGAGCAAACCAAUGAGUGCCGCCUGGAAGCUGCUGAAAUAGCAAAUAGAAAUUUAGACAACACUUUAUCGAAAUCAGUGGUUAGAAAUGAACUUUCAUCGAUAUUGAGAGAAUUCGAACUGCAUGCAAGACAACAAAAAAUUAAUGCAGCAGUUUCUUUGGCUUUAACGAAAGAAUGGCUUUUCGAUAUGAAAGAUUAA